AUGUUUCACACCAGUACGCAAAGAAAGCAUUGGACUUUUUCAAGUGAAGAAGAGCUACGACAUAUUCGUCAGGAGGUAAACGGCGUUUACUGUGAGAGUUUUCGCGAAAACUUCCCUGCGAAGAAAGAUGUUGACUUUUUGACUGUUGAGGAAGGAAUGAAGUUGGUCGAAUACUACCAAAGUGUUUUGAUUGAAGUUAGCGAAAAGUUUCAACCUCCUGUGCCAAGUGCUGUGACAGCAACAGCUGUGGCUUACUUAAAACGUUUUUAUUUAAAAACAUCAGUCAUGGAUCACCCUCCGAAAGAGAUGUUCUUGGUCUGUUUGUACAUGGCUUGCAAAGUUGAGGAGCAUAAUUUGUCUGUGGAUAGAUUUGUAGAAAUCCUUCCAGUAGAUCGGAGGGCAAAGACCAUAGACUUUAUUCUUGCUCAUGAAUUACUACUAGUGCAACGUCUUGACUUCCAUUUAACAGUUCACAAUCCGUAUAGACCACUUGAAGGCUUUAUCAUCGAUUUUAAAACCAGGUGUCCAAGGUCAGGUGAUCCUGAGAAAUGGCGUCCGUUAGUAGCAGAAUUUCUCAGAAAAGCUCUAUUGACUGAUGUUUCCUUACUUUACCCGCCAUCACAAAUUGCUUUAGCGGCUCUUUUUAGUGUAUCCCGUGAGUACAUAAGCGCUUACAUAAGUGCAAAUCUGGGUGAGCAACACGAACUUCUUCUUCGCCAGAUUGAAAACGUAGUAAGUCUGGUUACUGUUCAGAAAUGUACAGUGAGUAAAGAAGAGGUCAAAAGUUUAGAACAGAAGCUGAAAUCUUGUAGAAAUCCUGAGAACAACCCUGAUAACAAACUGUUUAAGAAAAAGAAAGCAGAAAGGGAGAAAGCGAUGGAUAUUGAUGACUCGUGGCUCUGA